ACUAAACAAAAUAGUAAUUAAUGAUGGAAGAAUCGCGUUUGACGAAGGAAAUUACUUUGAAAGUCCCAUAUAUAUCCAUCUAUCCUUCGCCGUUCAUCCUUUCUUCCACACACAGAACUUCACUCUCUCAAUCUCAAAUCUGAGAAAAUUAGGGUUUUGUUGGGUCUCUCGUGAGACAUGGGUGGAGGCAACGGUCAAAAGUCAAAGAUGGCUCGCGAGAGAAAUCUCGAGAAGCAGAAGGCUGGAUCAAAGGGAAGCCAACUCGAAUCAAACAAGAAAGCCAUGACCAUCCAGUGCAAGGUGUGCAUGCAAACAUUUAUUUGCACCACAUCAGAAGUGAAGUGCAGGGAGCAUGCUGAAGCCAAACACCCUAAAUCUGAUGUCUAUGCUUGUUUUCCUCAUCUUAAAAAGUGAACUUGUGCAUGUUGAGACAUGAUAUCAUCAUGCCCUGUUCUAUAACCAAUCCAUAGAUAUCUUCAAUUUCUUUUAUAUCAAAUGUGUCUGUGUGUUUGUGUCUUGGGGUUUAGGGAGAGACGAGAAAGGAUAAUUAGUACGUUUUUCCCUUGUUAAAGUGUGAGAAACUGUGUUGAUUUUCUCUUUAUUGUCAAAGUAUAACUGAUUAAUGAUCAUUAGUGUCAAUAUUAAGCGUGUUAACAUGAAUUAUAUCAGGUGUGUAUUUGUCUAUGUCAAUACUUAUAUAGCUUGCACAACACGGGUUGCUUUAGAUCUUUGACACCACUGAAUUUCUUUCUUGGCUAGUAUUACUCAUCAAACUCCCCGACCAACUCUAAUUCUCUGGGAAAGUUGUCUCUUGUUGACUGUUAAAAUUGAAUUUCCUUCAGAUGCUGUUUGAUUAAUCUCCGUCUCAAGUUCUCAAAUUGAGCGUUCGCGCUUCUUCCCAACUUCUGAGCGUGUAUAAUCUACAUUUUCAUGAGAUUCUGACCAUUAUGCUGUUAUUAAGGACCGAGCUUCCUCUUCAAACCUGCAAAUCUUUUUUGCUGCUUUCAAUUUUGGUCAUGGACCAAUUGGUAGUGAGGAAGAUGAUUGUGUCUUCGGAAACAUGGGAACCAUGAUCAUCUUAAUGUGAAUUUAAACACGCAUUAAUUUUAUAAUAAGUGAAUAACUAGGAGAGAUGAGGGCAAGAGUUUUGUGAAAUCAUGAACCAUCUCCCCCUUCUUUUUCAAUUAUUUGACUUGAAAGAAGAUAUAACCAGCGAAACAGGAGUUUGACUAAAGUCUAGCGAAUCCCGAAGUUGGACGUUAAGUAUAAUUGAAAACAGUCAUACCAAACCUCUCGUUUAGUCUCAGAAAAAUAUUGAACCAACACCCAAUACCCAAUCAGGGGAUAGAUAAUACAAGGAAAAGACCAUAAUGCCUGCAUGGUGGGGAUUUAAUGCUCCAUUUCUGGCCGUACGUACACAACACUGGUUUGCCUCUCCAGAGGAGUCCCCACGCCUAACCUCCAUUAUCAACUUGUGUACCGACAGAGAAAGAAUACUGAUUUAGAUAGUGUCGGUCCUUUCUUUUAUUCUCUCGUAAAAGAAGUGGAAAUCAAGUUAAA